AUGUCGGAAGUGAUUUAUAUCCCCUGGUCUUCAGCUGAAGAGGUCAAUCUUUUGGGUUGGUUGUCGCAGCACCAGCAUUUGUCAUGGGAUGACAAGUCCAAUGAGUACUCAGAUACCUUUGGUCACUACCGAAGUCCAGAAUCACUUCGCGGGAAACAGAAUCAGCUGAUGAAGGGUAUCCGGCGGCAACGGCUCGUCUCAAAACGAACAUUAUCAGAGCUUCGCCAUGUGGCCGUCCGCCGAACACGACGCCGACGGCGAAGAAAGUUCUCGGAUAAUCUCGAUUCGCCUCCUACCAGUCUUGGGGCUCCUGAUCCCCGAGAGCGCCUGCAGCAGCAGCAAGACGGUUCUCACGGAUCAUCCAGAUCGGAGUUCCCUCAAUUAAAUCCUACGGAGGGGACGAAUCUCCCUCAGAGCCCUGACGGAACACGCUCUGUUUCACGAAGACUUUGGAAUAUCUUUGUCCGAGUGAAAAAAAGCAUGGUGACACUUGGAAUAGAAGACAUAAAGCGGAAUCAAUAUUAG